GUAAAUCUGAUGAAGAUAAACUGGCGCUAUCAAAAGAUUAUCCUUCAACUUCAGCUCAAGAUCCGCUUAACAAAAUACCCAUCCUACAACAAGAAUCAAAUAGACUAGAUUUAGAUAACCAAAAUUUAAAUGACCAAAAUUUAGUCAUAUUGAAUGGAAAUCGAGAACUGACACUAUCAAAAGAUGCCACAUUGAAUUUUCAAGCACAAACUUCAGAUCAUGAGUUAGUUUCAACAGACCAAUUAACUAAUUGGAAAAAUAUGCUGAAAAAAAACUAUCAUCUUUUAGCAAUAAUUGCUGUAGCAUCCUUCUUAAUAAAGAUCGAAUCUGGCAAAAUAAUAUUAAUACAAUUAAUAGCAACUGGAAAUACUCAUUUGAAACACUGGUCCAAAAAUUUAGUAAUACUUUUUUCUGAACAAAUUAGAAAAUCAAAUAUAUAUCAAACAACAGAAAAGGCGUAUAAAGAGCUCAAGAUUGAACAUGGAGUUCUUGUAAAGAAUCUUAAAGACCUUGAAAUUAAUCAUAAGAAUACCAAAAAAGAACUUGAAACUGCCACGAAAGAAAAUACGAACCUUGACAAAAAACUCACACUAAAUAAACAAGAGCUUGCAACUGCCAAUAAAGAAAAUGCGAACCUUGACAAAAAAUUCUCAUUAAAGGAACAAGAGCUUGAAACCGCCAAUAAAAAAAAUGCUAACCUUGACAAAAAACUUUCAAUAAAAGAACAAGAGCUUGAAUCUGCCAAGAAAGAAAAUGUGAAUCUUGACAAAAAAUUUACUCUAAAGAAACAAGAGCUUGAAACCGCCAAGAAAGAAAUCAUGAACCUUGACAAAAAACUCUCAAUAAAUGAAAAAGAGCUUGAAGCCGCCAAGAAAGAAAAUGCGAACCUUAACAAAAAACUCACAGAAAAGGAACACUAUUAUAAAGAAUCGCAAACAAAAAUUAAAGACCUUAACAAAAAAAUUGAAUCUCUCGAAAAAGAAGUUAGAAUAUUAGACAAGCAAAGAAUAGUAGGCGAAGAAAGAAAACAAGUAAUUAGGGAAUUGCAACAAGCUUAUAAAGAACUUAAAGAAACUUUUGACAAAAUAAAACAAGAAAAAAUCGAAAAAGAGAUAAAAGAACAUCAAGAAAUAUUAGAAAAGGCAGACAAAUCUUUAAAUGAUAAUAAAGAAUGUUGA